GCGCCCCCGAUGGAUAUAGUGACGGGUUGCGCGUACCUUCCGAAGCGGCAGUCCUUGCUCCAGUGUCUCCGGUGUGCGUGUGUGUCGUCUCUAUUGCGGUUUUUUGACUUUUCAUUUGCAUAUAUCGAUUUUGUGUGGAUCAGUGGUGCGCGAGUGGCGGAGCACAGAAAAAGUUGUGGCAGUGAAUUUUAGAAAGUUUGCUUUUCUUCGGGCACGACUCAAAAAUCGGGACAUUACGGAUUGGAAUGACCGAACUGAAGGAAAACGGCCACGCCUUACCCAAUGGGACGGUGAAGAAUGGCCAUCACGUAGUCCGGUCCCGGUUCCCGGAGUAUCAGCAAACCAAUGGCACCAAGAACUUCUCUUCGAAUGGCUUCAGCAAACAUCAGCCUGAACCGAUGCCUCAGAUGAAAUUCGAUUACGGUAAUGAGUAUCAAAAAUCGUCGUACGAGCAGGUGCCACUUCACACCGCCUGUUUCACCUAUCUGGGCUUUUAUCUGCUCAUGAUACUCGGUUACAUAAAUCAGUUAUUCUUCACCCCGAAAGUGGCAACCGAGAAGCACAGAGACGGUUACGUUCCACUUUAUGAUGCAUUUGAAAAGUUCUAUCUUCGAUACGUCUAUCGGCGGGUAAAAGACUGUUGGAACAGACCGAUCUGUAGCGUCCCGGGUUCGGAGGUGACACUCAAGGACAGAAUCACCAAAGACUACGGUUGGUCGUUCGAGUUCACCGGUACCGAGACUAGAUGUCUCAACCUGGGAUCGUACAACUAUCUCGGCUUCGCCCAAAAUGAGGGACCGUGUGCAGAUGAAGCUGAAGAAUCUAUCAAAGCCUACGGACUGGCGGCAUGCAGCUCGCGGCGGGAAAUCGGAACCAACCCGCUGCACGUCGAGCUGGAACAGCUGACCGCCAGAUUCCUCGGCGUUGAGGAUGCCAUUGUGUUCGGUAUGGGCUUCGCCACCAACUCGCUCAACAUUCCCACGCUUAUCUCGCCCGGAUGCCUGGUGGUCAGUGACGAGAAGAACCACGCUUCGAUCAUUCUCGGCCUCCGGCUGUCCGGUGCGGUCACAAAAGUGUUCAACCACAACAGUAUGAAGGAUUUGGAACGUGUCCUGCAGGAGUCGAUUGCAGCCGGGCAACCCAAGACGGGAAAACCCUGGAAGAAGAUCCUGAUCAUCGUCGAAGGUGUGUUCAGCAUGGAGGGCUCGAUCGUCAAACUGCCGGAGAUCGUGGCCCUGAAGAAAAAGUACAAAGCAUACAUUUACCUGGACGAGGCGCACAGUAUUGGAGCAACUGGACCAUCGGGCCGGGGUGUCCUCGAUUUCUACGGCGUCGAUCCUAACGACAUUGACAUUCUGAUGGGAACAUUCACGAAAAGUUUCGGAUCCGCCGGCGGUUACAUCGCUGGUAGCAAAAAAUUAAUCAACUUCCUUCGAGUUAAUAGUCACGCGCACUGCUAUGCUAGUUCAAUGUCUCCACCGGUCACGCAGCAGAUUCUCACCUCGAUGAAGAUCAUCAUGGGAUUGGAUGGUACCAAUGAGGGAAGCAAGCGCAUCGAUCAACUAGCCAGAAAUACCAGAUAUUUCAGAAAACGACUCGCUCAGAUCGGUGUCAUCACGUACGGCCACGAAGAUUCCCCCGUGGUUCCAAUGUUGGUGUACCUCUUCUCCAAAAUUGGGGCGGUAGUCCGUACGCUAACAUCGCGUAACAUCGCCGUCGUGGGCGUUGGAUUCCCGGCCACGCCCAUCAUGGAGGGACGGAUCCGCUUCUGCCUGUCCGCGGCACACACCAAAGAACAACUAGACUACGCCCUGUCGGUGAUCGACGAGAUCAGCGACACCCUCGGACUCAAGUAUUCGCGGAAGCCACGGGACACGCGACCAAUAGAGUACUAGUUUUGUUUGUUUCGACAAACGUUUGGAGAACGAUGUGAGGAUAAUAUCACACAAACACAACAAAAAACACGCAUGCAUCCAUAAAUUUAAACUAAGAUAGAAAGCAAAGUAUGCCUUAUUAUGGUUAGACGAAACUGAACAAAUCCACAUUUUAGCGUCGACUAUGUUGCCGCAUUUAGUUGAGGGAAUUGCAUUCACUGUGUAUUAUUAUUAUUUAUGAAAGUGUUUUUUUUAAUUGUGGUACUUUUUGUUAAAAGUUAUUUUCCCGUUACAUUCAAUAACAUUUAUUGUAAGAUGCAUUGAAGUUGAAAUUGUGAAACAAUACAAAAUGCUACCAGCUUUGUAACAAUAGGAAA